GGCCUGCGAGCUCCCCGGCCGCCCCCGCACCCCGCGGCCCUGAGGCGGCCCGGGCCCGGCGGGAGCGGGCCGGGCCAUGCCGAGCAGGCCGCCUCGCCAGUUUGAAAGUACCUCUGCGCUCCCGACCGCGCUCCCUAAAUGGUUGUCGCUUCCCACCUCCCACGGAGGGAUGAGUUAGGCUGGAGCUGGCGCCGACGCGGGUCCCCGCGCAGAGCCCUCGGUAAGCCAAGAGAGCUGCUCCCUGRGCUGCUUCCUGCGCCCUUCCCGAGUGUGAGCACAUCACAGCCAGCAAAGAGAAGAGCCUCCUCUUGUCUUCAAGGCACUUGCCUCUGCCUGCUGUUCUUUUGUCCAAAAGAAGGAAAACCAGACCAAAUCAGUCCAUAAAGAACUUGUGCUGAUCUAAGGAGGAGGCUCCGGUGUCUCAGUCGCCUCUUUACUUCCCAAGAUCCUGGCUGUGGGCUGGAUUUCUGGGCUCARAUUCAGGGGAUCAGUUUUUGGGAAUCAGGAUCUCAGAAUCUUUCGGUUUUGCUUUUACUUGAACCCUUUCAACCGGGAAGCUGAAGCUAUCACUGCUAAAUUCCCAUUUUUUUUUCCCAAGCAUGUCAGAAAGCUGGCAGCAGCAACAGCAGCAAGCACAGCAGCCGCCACCACCGCAGCAGCACCACUCUGGGGCAGCCGCCCUCCCAGAUCACUCCAUCCCUCCCAGCACUGCUGACAACCCCUUGGGCUGUGCUGUCUACGGCAUCCUGCUCCAGCCAGACCCCGGACUGCAGCACCACCAGCACGCCCCCAUCCAGGCUGGAGAGCCAUCCCACAAAUGCGGUGUGUGUGGCCAUGACCUCGCUCACCUCUCCAAUCCCCACGAGCACCAGUGCUUGCCAGGCCAUGACCGCUCUUUCCAGUGUACCCAGUGCCUGAAGAUCUUCCACCAGGCCACCGACCUCCUCGAGCAUCAGUGUAUCCAGGUGGAGCAAAAGCCUUUUGUGUGCGGAGUCUGCAAGAUGGGUUUCUCCCUCCUGACCUCGCUGGCGCAGCACCACAACGUCCACAAUGGCAACGCCAUGAAGUGCUCCAUCUGUGAGAAGACCUACAAACCUCCYGAGGUAGAGCAUCCACAGCCUCUCGACCCCUCGGAGAAGCCCUACAGCUGCUCCAUCUGUCAGAAAACCUUCAAGCACCUCUCRGAGCUGUCCCGGCACGAGCGCAUCCACACGGGUGAGAAGCCGUACAAGUGCACGCUGUGCGACAAGAGCUUCAGCCAGUCCUCCCACCUGGUGCACCACAAACGGACGCACAGCUCGGAGCGGCCCUACAAGUGCACGGUGUGCGAGAAGACCUUCAAGCACCGCUCGCACCUGGUGCGCCACAUGUACGCACACUCGGGGGAGCACCUCUUCAAGUGCAACGUCUGCGAGCUGCACUUCAAGGAGUCCUCGGAGCUGCUGCAGCACCCCUGCACGCCCAGCGGGGAGCGGCCCUUCCGCUGCGGGGARUGCCAGAAGGCCUUCAAGCGCCCCUCGGACCUGCGGCAGCACGAGCGCACGCACAGCGAGGAGCGGCCCUUCAAGUGCGACCUGUGCCAGAUGAGCUUCAAGCAGCAGUACGCGCUCAUGCGCCACCGCCGCACGCACAAGGCYGAGGAGCGCUUCAAGUGCAACCUGUGCGAGAAGGGUUUUGUGCAGCCCUCGCACUUGGUGUACCACCAGCACGUGCACGGCAUAGAGAACCUCUUCAAGUGCAACGUGUGCCAGAAAGGCUUCAACCAGUCCUCGGAACUGCUGCGGCACAAGUGCGUGCAGAACGCGGAGCGGCCCUUCAAGUGCGCGGUGUGUAACAAGUCCUACAAGCGGGCCUCGGCUCUGCAGAAGCACCAGCUGGCCCACUGCGCCGAGAAGCCGCUCAAGUGCACGCUCUGCGAGAGACGUUUCUUCUCCUCCUCGGAGUUCGUGCAGCACCGCUGCGACCCGGCCCGCGAGAAGCCCCUCAAGUGCCCCGACUGUGAAAAGCGGUUCAAGUACGCCUCGGACCUGCAGCGCCACCGGCGCGUGCACACGGGCGAGAAGCCCUACAAGUGCUCCUCCUGYGAGAAGGCCUUCAAGCAGCGCGAGCACCUCAACAAGCACCACAGCGUGCACGCCCGCGAGCAGCAGUACAAGUGCAUGUGGUGCGGGGAGCGGUUCCUGGACUUGGGGCUGCUGCAGGAGCACAGCGUCCAGCACACGGCCGAGGGUGCCUACCAGGUGGCUGCCUGCUUGCCAUGAGCCUCCCGUCCCGCGGCGGCUUUCAGCUUGCAUGGGACRCUCCCGAGCCUCGGCCUCCCCUUCCCUCUCCUCGGGUGUUGGCAACCUCCAGGGAAUGUGGGGGAAAGGGGAGGUAUGGUGUGUGGGCAGGUAAACKUUCCUGUGGCCCCAGUGGUUGAUGUGCCACCUGUAUCGAAGUAGCAGCAGACAGCAUGAACAUCUCAAAGGGGUGGAAAGGAAAGGAAGGGGAUGGAGAGAGGAAAUGAUGCCUGUAUAUGCCUGGUGUUCCCUGGACUGUAGUUCAUGCUGUACCUGCAGUUCCAGUCCUGGGAGCUCAGCUGCCUGUUGCAAGCACCAGCUCUUUGUGUGCAGCCUUUUUCCCCUGUCCUGCCUGGCAGGGUYGGUGGAGAGGGCUGGGUGACUCCUCCUGGAGAGGGCUUAGGAGCAAGGCAGAGCCAGCUCUCCCUUGUCCCAGGGUGUGCUGCUCAGCGUGGUGGUAGCAGGUUUCUGCUGCUGGGGUCUCCCAACUUGGUCCAAGCUCAGUUGAGGGCAUCAUUUCAGAUUGCUAGUGUUGAUUGACCACCCCAACCUCCCCUGCUCUCCCUCCUUCUAGAGUGUUGAAAGGGAAAAGCCAUGGGGCUGCACAGCUCCAAAAAGCACUUUGGCAUUGCUGCUUUUGCAGUCGCUGGCUGUCACACUCUGCAGGGGUUCUGAGUGAGCCUGCCUGCCCCUGUCUCUGCCAGCUGCACAGGGAACUGUAGGCAGCACAGUGCUGCUACCAGAAAGCAUGGCAAGGAGCACUGGCACAGUCUGCCCAGGAGGAGGCCAUGGAUUCUCCAUUCUGGAGACAUUCAAAACCCACCUGGACGUAUUUCUGUGUAACCUGCUUUAGGUGACCCUAACUUAGCAGGAGGGUUGGACUAGAUGAUCUCUAAAGGUCCUUCCAACCCUAACAAUUMCAUAAUUCUGUGACAGCAUUCAUACCCUGCUCCCAACCAAGAGCUUGGCAUUUAAGAGCUGCUUCCCAAGGGACCCAGCCCCUCCUGCUGAGACUUGCCCCCAGCCCCUUUUGUUCCCCAURGGCUGUUAGUGGCACCUCCAGCAGGGUCAGGCAAAGAGCUGCCACAGCUCCAACACUAAUGGGUGAGWUAAACACUACAAUAACCUACAACUGCAGAGGUGUUGCCAUGGCCAGCAGUAACCCACAGCAUGUGCCAGGGGCUUGGUGUCUGAUUUGCUGGAGGAACCAGAGCAAGCCAGGAGAAUCCUUUCRGACUGCAGGCUCAGCUCCAUGGGAAGGGCAAGGUUAGCAGUGGCUAAAGGAGAGGUCUAUUUUUUCCCUUCUUGCGGGAGUCCUGUUUUACCCCUUUCCCCUUUCUUUACCUCGUCUGUAUUUUUCAGGUUUUGCACACUUCUUGUAAACAUCACUUAAAAAUAAAUCUCCCCUAGCAAGGUUGAUGCAGCCUCAGGUGUUUUCCUCUGCAGGAAUUUGCUGGCUUCUCAUGUCCAAGAGAUCCAUUACAUAUCAGUUAGAUGCCUUGAAGGUUGAAGAUGUGCUUACUAGGUUGUCCCCCAGCAUUCCCCUCUUUAUCUUUGGAGAUAUUAAGAUGUUAAGUAUCCAUCUGUGGAGAUGUUCAGUCCCUGACUGGAUGUGGUCCUGGACAACCUGCUGUAACUGACCCUGUGCAAGCCAGGAGUUGGAGCUGAUGAUCUUCAGAGGUCCCUGCCAGCCUCAGCUCUUCUGUGGUGUUGGCUGGUGCUCUUCUGGGGUUGUAGUGAGCUGCCAGUUGUGAACAGCGGCCAGUUAGUUGCCCAUGUGCUGCACAAGUGAUUAGUACAAGGUUAAUAACUCUUGUCUGUGGCAAGUGUUGACAGAUUAACUUUGCAGAGGGUUGGACUGGGCCUGCAUCUCUGUUGAGGGAUACUUGUCUGAAAGAUGGAGAAAGGCUUUAGUUUUCCAUUUCUGGCACAGUGAGAGGGAACARGGUGCAUUUUCAGGGGCUGGGACAGUGCAGUGACAGGUUAGACCCUGGGGCUGAGUCAUUUGCAACUUUAAGGAGAUCAAAACAGACUGUACUCUCUGCUGCCCAAGGAAGAGGGACCCGUGAUGGUUGUCUUACUUUGUGCUGCCUCAAAGAUGUAGAACUUCCUACCAAGAGUUCCAUCUGUGUUUCUUUUUCCUCUUUUUUUUUUUUUUUGUUUUACCUUUUCUUUUUUAAAGCAGUUUGUUAAAAUUCAUUAAAAAACUGUAUAGUUUAACUUGAUGUCAUACUGGAUCUUUAAAAAAAAAAGAGAUGUGGUAACUUGGAUUUUUAAAGMGCUCUUUAGUUCUAGAUAGCUGGUUUUUGCUAUUUAAUAUGUAGUAAGUUCAGUGUAUGCUUUUCUGUAGGAGUAAAAGAGAGUCCAAACCAAGGAAGGCUAAUCCUGUCUUYACAGAAGGGUUUGGUGGUGAUGGAGGCUGCAAGUGUGGGACCAGAUGAGGACUGUGGCACCUACCUGAACCCUGGCUGUGUUCCUGUCUUGGACCAUGGUACACUCUGCUCUUACCCAGCACAGCUGCCACAGGUCCAGUGGCUGCCCUGAGCCCUUGAGCACAGCACUGGCAGCCAGGAUCAGUGCCCAGGGCUCAGAGCUUGCAGAGAGGCUCAUCUUUGGUAGGAGGAGGAGGGUGGGAGAUGGAGGUGGCUGCAGCCUCCAUUGGCUUUUGUGCCUCUGCUGCUUCUUUCUGGGGCAGCUGCUGGCUAGAGGAGGGUUUAGAGAAAUCAUGACCUGUUUGUGCCCUGCUYCCUUCCCUCCCCAGGAGCCCGAGGGGGCUGCCUGGGUGACUGGCUGGCAYCUGGAGCAGAGGAGGAUGGUGGUGAGUCCCAGACACAGCUCUACACUGUGCAGGUGCCACAUCCUGUCCCCUUGGUAUAUCUGGACCUGGGGACUGUUGGGGGAUGUUUCUCUUGUGCUGAGCAGCUGGGAAAGCCCUGUGAGGAGCUGUGGCUCUGCUUAGGAUGUGGCAACAUCCUGAUGAGACUCAUCAGGGCUGUGUGCAUGGGGCCCGGUGUCAGGGAGAGAAGGGGGUGCAGGGGAAAGCUUGGCAGAGAUGAGCCCAGGUCCAGGUCAUCAUCUGGUGCCUGAGAAUAGGUGCCUCCAGGUUCAAAAACAUCUUGGUGCAGGAUUAGAGCCUCAUUGUUAGGACUGGCUGUGAGUCCAUGGUGACUCACUCUUUUGUUUUGUUUGCUGCCCUGCAGCAGCCCAAAUCCAGCAAAAGCCCAUGGAGAAUAUGCAACUUGAGCUUGCAGGUGGAGGAUCUGUGCAGGAUGGGCACUUGAGUGGCCACUGAGAGCUUUGGGUAUAUUUUUAUARGAGCAUUUUCUAUUUGGAAGCAGCAGUGUUGCCUGCAGGGGUAGGGGAAGCAGGUCCAUCUCCGUUGCUGUGCCUUUAGGUCGUGUUUGGUCCAGUGAGGUGGUGGAAGCAG